CCCCAGCUGGGGUCAGCUGACUGGUAGAAACUCGGUCAGGUGGUGUCAAAACCACCCGAAGAAGGAACUAAAGGGUAUUUAGGAAAGUUAUUGGUUAGCUUUAUUGUGUUUAUUUGUACCGCAUUAUUCGCUAGAUUAAUAAUACACAUUUUAGAUCAUCAGCAAUGGCGCUCAGCGAUGCCGAUGUCCAGAAACAGAUCAAGCAUAUGAUGGCCUUUAUUGAACAGGAGGCCAAUGAGAAAGCAGAAGAAAUUGAUGCAAAGGCGGAGGAAGAGUUCAACAUAGAGAAAGGUCGUUUAGUGCAGACACAAAGGGUGAAAAUCAUGGAAUUCUAUGAGAAAAAGGAAAAGCAGAUUGAACAGCACAAGAAAAUCCAGAUGUCCAAUCUGCUGAACCAGUCGCGGCUGAAGGUGCUCAAGGCUCGGGAUGACAUGAUCGUGGACUUGUUGAACGAGGCCCGCCAGAGACUUGGAGAUAUUUCCCAAGACCCUGCCAGAUACUCUGCGUUGUUGGAGGGUUUGAUCUUGCAGGGCUUCUAUCAGUUACUAGAGCCUAAAGUGACGGUCCGAUGCCGACAACAGGACGUAGAGAUGGUACAGGCUGCCAUUGACAAAGACAUAAUCGUCUAUAAAGACACUGUGAAGAGCAACAUUGUCGUCAGAAUCGACCAGAACCGAUUUCUUGCAUCGGACAUCUGCGGAGGUGUGGAAGUGUACAAUGACAACGGAAAGAUCAAGGUGGCAAACACUCUGGAGAGCAGGCUGGACCUCAUGGCCCAACAGAUGAUGCCUGAAGUCAGAAAAUCACUGUUCGGUCCUAACCCUAACCGUAAAUUCCUGGACUAAAUGGAUACACUAGUAGUGGGAGGACAUGAGGAGGCUGUAACUGUGUAAAAGGUUGCCAUUGUUGGUCAGGAGCCCCCAUUACACUCACUGCAGUGCUAAGACUGGAUAUUCAGGUAUCUCUUGUGUGCCAUUGACAUUGUUUUGUAUUGAAUAGAUUUGUGCCCCAGAAGUGUCCUUAUGAAAUUAGUGUUUUGUUGAAUGUCAAUGCAUAUGGUCCUCUUCAAUACAAAUGUAUUUUACCAAAGUGGUCAAGCACUUGAUAUGUAUGCCAAAAUAAUAAAUAAUUUACAACUGAA